UCCUCCGCCGGCCUCCGCGGCUGCUGCUCGGUCGGCGGCGCUCGCCGGGUGCUCGGGAGCCAUGGGGAGCAACAAGGACAUCAGCCUCGAGGAGAUUAAGAACGAGACCGUCGAUCUGGAAAAGAUUCCGGUAGAGGAAGUGUUCGAGCAGUUGAAAUGUUCGAGAGAAGGUCUGAGCUCGGACGAAGGAGCCCACCGGCUUCAGGUUUUCGGACCAAACAAACUGGAAGAGAAAAAGGAGAGCAAAAUUCUCAAGUUUUUAGGCUUUAUGUGGAACCCGCUGUCGUGGGUCAUGGAAGCUGCCGCUCUGAUGGCCAUUGCGUUGGCAAACGGUGGUAAAAGGCCUCCAGAUUGGCAAGAUUUUGUUGGUAUCAUUGUCUUGUUGGUGAUCAACUCCACCAUAAGUUUCAUUGAAGAAAACAAUGCUGGUAAUGCGGCGGCUGCCCUUAUGGCCGGUCUUGCUCCCAAAACGAAGGUUCUCAGAGAUGGCCGAUGGAGCGAGCAGGAUGCUUCGAUCUUAGUGCCUGGAGACAUCAUCAGCAUCAAACUGGGUGAUAUAGUUCCCGCGGAUGCCCGUCUCCUUGAGGGUGAUCCCCUUAAGAUUGAUCAAUCCGCUCUUACUGGUGAAUCCCUUCCCGUUACUAAGAACCCGUCGGAUGAAGUAUUUUCCGGUUCGACCUGCAAACAAGGGGAAAUAGAAGCGGUUGUUAUCGCUACCGGUGUGCAUACUUUCUUUGGCAAAGCUGCGCAUCUGGUGGACAGCACCAAUCAGGUCGGUCACUUCCAGAAAGUUCUCACCGCGAUCGGUAACUUCUGCAUUUGCUCGAUUGCCAUCGGGAUAGCAAUAGAGCUAAUGGUCAUGUACCCGAUACAACGCCGCGAAUACAGAGACGGGAUCGACAACUUGCUGGUUCUGUUGAUCGGAGGGAUUCCGAUUGCAAUGCCUACAGUUUUAUCCGUUACUAUGGCUAUUGGAUCCCACAGGCUCUCUCAGCAGGGCGCCAUUACCAAAAGAAUGACUGCCAUUGAAGAAAUGGCGGGGAUGGAUGUUCUUUGCAGCGACAAAACAGGAACCUUGACCCUGAAUAAGCUGAGCGUCGAUAAGACCUUGAUCGAGGUGUUUACCAAAGGUGUCGAAAAGGAGCAUGUCAUUCUUCUCGCAGCGAGGGCAUCUAGGACUGAAAAUCAGGAUGCAAUUGACGCUGCGAUUGUCGGAAUGCUUGCAGAUCCAAAGGAGGCCCGAGCUGGUAUCCGUGAGGUCCAUUUCCUUCCAUUUAAUCCAGUGGACAAGAGGACUGCUCUGACAUACAUUGACUCGGAUGGGAGUUGGCAUCGUUCAAGCAAAGGUGCUCCAGAGCAGAUAUUAAACCUCUGCAAUUGCAAGGAAGAUGUUAGGAAAAAGUCUCAUGCCGUGAUCGACAAGUUUGCUGAGCGUGGACUUCGAUCUUUAGCUGUUGCAAGACAGGAAAUUCCCGAGAGAACAAAAGACAGCCCAGGUGCUCCUUGGCAGUUUGUAGGUUUGUUGCCUCUUUUCGAUCCUCCCAGGCACGAUAGUGCAGAAACAAUCCGAAGAGCCCUCAAUCUUGGUGUCAAUGUGAAGAUGAUUACUGGUGAUCAACUUGCUAUUGCCAAGGAAACUGGUAGGAGGCUUGGAAUGGGGACAAAUAUGUAUCCUUCUUCUUCAUUGCUUGGCCAACACAAAGAUGCUUCGAUCGCAGCACUUCCUGUAGACGAAUUGAUUGAAAAGGCAGAUGGAUUUGCUGGAGUAUUUCCUGAACACAAGUACGAAAUCGUAAAGAAGCUGCAGGAGAGGAAGCACAUAUGUGGUAUGACUGGAGAUGGUGUGAAUGAUGCGCCAGCUUUGAAGAAGGCGGACAUCGGGAUUGCAGUUGCUGAUGCCACUGAUGCUGCCAGAAGUGCCUCGGACAUUGUCCUCACUGAACCGGGAUUGAGUGUCAUAAUAAGUGCUGUGCUGACCAGCCGGGCUAUAUUCCAAAGAAUGAAGAAUUACACGAUUUAUGCAGUCUCCAUUACAAUCCGUAUCGUGUUUGGCUUUAUGUUCAUUGCUUUGAUCUGGAAGUUCGACUUUGCGCCCUUUAUGGUUUUGAUCAUUGCCAUCUUAAAUGAUGGAACAAUCAUGACAAUCUCCAAAGAUCGAGUGAAGCCAUCUCCCCAGCCAGAUAGCUGGAAGUUGAAAGAAAUUUUCGCUACUGGAAUUGUUCUGGGAGGUUACCUGGCAUUAAUGACUGUAAUUUUCUUUUGGGUCAUGAGAGAUACUGACUUUUUCUCAGACAAGUUUGGUGUAAAAUCAAUCCGAGGUAGACCUGGUGAAAUGAUGGCUGCCCUAUACUUGCAAGUGAGUAUAGUUAGCCAGGCUCUAAUCUUUGUCACCAGAUCGCGCAGCUGGUCCUAUGUUGAACGCCCGGGACUUCUCUUGGUCAGCGCAUUCAUAGUUGCUCAGCUGGUUGCGACACUCAUAUCGGUUUAUGCAAAUUGGGGUUUUGCGAGGAUCAAAGGAACUGGAUGGGGGUGGGCUGGUGUCAUCUGGCUUUACAGCUUGGUGACGUAUGUUCCGCUUGAUAUUCUUAAAUUCGCAAUUCGCUACAUUCUGAGCGGGAGAGCAUGGGAUACCCUUUUGGAUAACAAGACCGCCUUCACUACCAAAAAAGACUAUGGCAAAGAAGAGCGAGAAGCUCAGUGGGCAACUGCACAGAGGACUCUACACGGCCUUCAGCCUCCUGAAACCAGCAACCUUUUCUCUGACAAGAGUAGCUACAGGGAGCUUUCAGAGAUUGCAGAGCAAGCCAAGCGACGAGCUGAGGUCGCGAGGCUGCGCGAGCUACAUACUCUGAAGGGCCAUGUCGAAUCCGUGGUCAAGCUCAAAGGCUUGGACAUCGAUUCCAUUCAGCAGCAUUACACAUUCUGAGGGGCUUUUCAUCCGAAGCAGAGGAGAUCAUAUCGUGGAGAAAUGGAAAGUAGUCUUAAGGAUUAUGAUGACGAAGAAGCGUAUGGAGCUUUUAUUAGUCUAAUAGGACAGCAGAAAACGAAGUCGGUAGCGGUCAGGGUCGUAGAUUUUUGCUGUCACCAGUAUAAUGCAUGGGGGCUGCUUUCUCUUUGACAGAAUGAGAUUUAACUCUUCCUUUCAAAGUAGCCAUGUUCAAGUAAAUUACUGAAUCUUGUUCGGAUUUUAAUGAUUAUGUUUUG